GCUUUUGUAGAUGCUUGAGACAAUUUGGAAAGGAGACAUCCAACAAGCCUCCGAUGCACUGCAACUAACAUAUAUCGUUGACCAAAUCCACGAUUAUGCCCUUAAACACCACUUACCUUUUGUGCUGAAGCAUCUGGAAGCAUGGUGUGCUCGAGAUAGUCUGCACCCUUUACUCUUCGAUUAUUGGGAUGUCCCCAAAGAAUUACGGCCAUUUUGGACCAUCCUCGGAGAGGCAUUAAGAAAAGAUAAGCAGACAAAAUCACAAGAAACACACAAACGCAAACGCAAGCCUUCUGACCUAACUCGGGGGAAAGCAAAACGAAGAUGUGUCAGCUCGGAAGGGAAACGUCAGCGUGAAGAUGCAACGAAAGAAGUAGAGAAAGAAGUUGCCACAAUUCAUCCAAAGGCCAUCUCAAUAUCAUCGGAUUCUGAUUGAAGACAACUUGUAGAGAACAGAUAUUUGGCUUCAAAAUUGAU